UACAAACACUUUGACUUUUCUCGGUAAGGAGAGGGACAACUCGGCACACUUUGGUGUGUUUUUGUGAGAUAUCUGAGGGGGUUUUUUGUGCCACAGGUGUCCGGUCGUGGAACUUUUUCAGCACGGGAACCCGCGCGUCUCUUUCCCCCCCGCGCGACAACUAGUUCCUUCAUCCGACACAGCGCGUGCGAGCCUGAGGUGACUGUCGGGCAGUCAUGCAGUAGAGGACCAGUGGAGUGGCUCUGAAGUUUUGAGUAGGCAUGAGCGGGACCAUGCAAGGACAACACGACACAAGACUGAGCAGUCUGAGGCUGCUGCUGCUCCUGUGCGUCUCCAUCGCCAUCCUCGCCCCAGGAGUGCACGGGGGCGGGAAGAAACACAGUGGCCCCUGCGGAGGAAGAGACUGCAGCGGAGGAUGUCAGUGUUUCCCAGAGAAGGGUGCCAGGGGUCAACCUGGGCCUCUUGGUCCUCAGGGCCAUCAAGGACCCCCAGGGAGAGCAGGUGAUCCAGGCAUCCAAGGGCCAAAGGGGCAGAAGGGUGACCAUGGCCGUAGUGGUAUCGUGGGUCCUAAAGGAAAUAUAGGAAUGACGGGCGUACCUGGAUUUUCUGGAAAUGAUGGCAUUCCUGGUCACCCGGGACAAGCUGGGUCCAGGGGGAAGCCAGGUGCUGACGGCUGUAACGGGACACAGGGAGACGCAGGGCUACCGGGGCAAACCGGCUACAACGGCUCACCUGGUCCUCCUGGACAACCCGGAAGGAAGGGAGCCAAGGGAGACUCUCUGGAGCUGAGUGUGUACAUGGAGCGUUUCAGGGGAGAUCAAGGCACUCCAGGGGUCAACGGAAUAUUUGGGCCGCCAGGGAAUCCCGGAUGGCAGGGUAACAGAGGCAUCCCAGGGCCAAAGGGUCCCACAGGCCCUCCAGGUCCUCGUGGACCAAAGGGCACCAUGACCAAAGUGCUGAAAGGGCUCAAAGGAGAACAAGGGGACAUCGGACCACCGGGGCCACCAGGAAACUCAACACAUCAGCAUACGCUGCCCCCCUACGGACCUUCGGGGCCUCGUGGGGAGAAAGGCUUGAAAGGAGAAAUAGGAGAUCGGGCUGACAACAAAGGAGAAACUGGUAUAAUGGGAUUUCCUGGACUUCGGGGUGAAUCUGGUCUAGAUGGGAGUCCUGGAGAGAGGGGGGACCCCGGUGAUCGAGGUCCAAAAGGCAGAGAUGGAAUCAAGGGAGUCAGAGGUGACGCAGGACUGCUGAUUUCAUCAGGCCCCAGUUGGCCUUGGUCUUCAACAGCUGGUCCUCCUGGUCCUCCUGGUGAGCAGGGUCCAGUGGGCGAGAGGGGCCCAGUUGGAGACCAAGGCAUCCCCGGACCCCCGGGACGCCCGGCCUCCGACAAUGGGCAACAAGUGUGGCAAUUAUUCGGGCCAUUUGGAUUUAAGGGGGAGGCGGGAGAGAAGGGCCAACAAGGGGAUCCAGGACGCCCUGCUGUCAGUGCAGGACCCCCAGGCACCAGCGGUCGCCCAGGGGGCAGGGGCCCUCCAGGACCCAAAGGAACAUGGGCUGAGUACUUCAAGGGGGCCCCCGGUGGGAGAGGAAGGCCCGGCAAUGCAGGCUAUAAAGGAGUGAAAGGAGAUCACGGGGAAUGUGAAUGCUCUGUUGUGAACUCUCCCCCGGGGCAACCUGGUCCUGCUGGUGAACCUGGUGACGCUGGGAUGAUUGGAGAGUUUGGUCAGGAGGGUGACGUAGGAGACCCAGGCCCCCGUGGAGAAGACGGAUUCCCUGGACCUGCUGGACUCAGUGGUGUGCCAGGCCCAAAAGGUCAAAAAGGGCCAGAGACUAUGGCCACACAGAAAGGAUAUUCUGGAGACCCAGGGGUUCCUGGGCCAAAUGGACGGCCGGGUGUACCGGGUGCUCCAGGCCAAGAUGGUUUGCCUGGUUUCCCAGGGAGCCGAGGUCUUCCAGGAGAGGCUCCUAGCAGACUACGUGGAGACAAAGGUUUCCCAGGUCUGCCUGGUCGACCCGGUGUGGCCGGGCAAGCAGGAGAACCAGGCGAAGGCCUCAAGGGCAUCAAAGGCCAACGUGGUUUGCCUGGUGAUGAUGGCAUCACAGGUUAUGAAGGAGUUCCAGGAACACCUGGCAGCCCAGGCGGCUGUAGUCCAAGAGGAGAUGGGGAACAGGUGGAUGUAACAGGUUCUUGUGAUCCUAUUCCAGGACCUCCAGGGCUGCCUGGAGCUCCAGGACUCACUGGGCUACCAGGUUUUCCAGGUCCUCGGGGAGAAAAAGGAGUCCAGGGUCCACUUGGAGAGACUGGUGAGAAAGGCGAAACAGGAGAACAAGGCAUAGGAGGCCGCCCUGGACCACCAGGUUUUGCCGGACCUCGUGGAAACUUGGGGAAUCCUGGCCGGAAAGGUUCAGUAGGGGUCCCUGGAUUUCCUGGUGUGUCUGGCAGACACGGGUCACAAGGUGAAAAGGGUGUUCAUGGAGAGAUCCUGGGAGCAUCUCCAGGAUCCCCAGGUGACCCGGGGCCGCCUGGGUUUCGAGGAGAAAAAGGCCAGACUGGUGAACCAGGAAAACCAGGCUAUCCAGGAAUGUCUGGCAUGCCUGGAAUGAUAGGCUUCAAGGGUGAGAAGGGCCCUGCAGGCCUGCAGGGGGAGGAAGGUAGGCCUGGGCCAGCAGGCAGAUAUGGCUACCCUGGUGAUCCUGGGAGAGCAGGUCCACCUGGGCCACCUGGUGCUACUGGACAGCCAGGAUUAACUGGAGAGAGGGGAACUGAAGGAGACCCAGGCCCUCCAGGUCCAAUAGGAUUAAAAGGCGUCCCAGGGACGUAUGGUGCUGAUGGUGCCACUGGAGAGUAUGGCCCAUCAGGUGACCCAGGAUUGCCUGGUGCUGAUGGGCGGCCAGGACUUCCUGGAAUGAAAGGAUACAAAGGGUCUCCUGGCAUGGAAGGCUUUGAGGGGAUGAGGGGUGACGAAGGAGUGAAGGGCUUCAGCGGGCUUAGAGGAGAACCUGGAGUCUUUGGUGAAGUUGGCCCUAAAGGAGUGACAGGUCAUCAGGGGCCAAAAGGUGAUCGAGGUUUGAGAGGGCCACCUGGGGACAAGCCGCACAUCCCAGCCCAGAUAAUUGUUGACAUGAAGGGAGCCAAGGGAGACCUUGGAUAUCCAGGAACUAAAGGUUUCACCGGGCCGAGAGGUUCUAAGGGUUUACCUGGUGUGCCGGGCUCCGGGGGAUAUCAUGGUCUUCCUGGAGACCCCAGCAAUGUGAAAGGUGUCCAAGGAGAUCCUGGUCCACAGGGGCUGCCAGGGUUGAAAGGAAUGCCAGGCCUAACUGGAAAUAAAGGAAUUUCUGGUUUUGAUGGAAUGACUGGCAAAACGGGAAUUAAAGGAAGUCCCGGAGCAUAUGGUGCGUCAGGAGACAAAGGAAGAAAGGGCAUCAAAGGAGAGAGAGGCCCUCGUAUAGAUCUUCCAGGAGUUCCUGGAUUGAGAGGAGAGCUUGGUUUUUCAGGAGACCCAGGCCAGAAAGGAUUGCUUGGAAACCCUGGGGACAGGGGCACACUUGGUUCUGAUGGCAUCGAAGGUAGAAAGGGAGUGUCAGGUGAACCAGGAAUACCAGGAAACACAGGCACAGAUGGACAGAAGGGAUCCCCUGGUAGCCAAGGUCCAAAAGGUUUUCCAGGAGAACCCGGAAAACAAGGACUUCCGGGCUUCCCUGGUUUCAGAGGAGAAAAAGGUUUCCCUGGCCUGAAGGGUCUUUAUGGACUACAUGGACUGAAGGGACAAAAGGGUGUCCAGGGAAAACCAGGUCUGGAUAUCACUGGACCAGCUGGGGAAUCAGGGCCCAAAGGAGAGAAGGGAGAAGGCGGCGACCCCAACAACCAACCAGGUGAUCCUGGCAUAGCCGGUCUUAAAGGCUUCCAAGGAUCUCCAGGUGACCGUGGUCAAAGUGGAACUCCAGGACUCCGUGGCCCCCGUGGACCAGAUGGGAAACCAGACAAGCCAGGAUCCAGGGGGGACCCUGGCUUUGUUGGAGCUAAAGGGUAUGAAGGUUUCCCUGGAGCCAGAGGGUAUCCUGGUGCCGAUGCCCCCCCUGGAGAAAAGGGUAUACCAGGAGGAAGUGGGUUUCCUGGAUUCCCCGGAAUGAAAGGGAACAAAGGAGAUCAAGGGGUGUUAGGAUCAAGGGGGCAAAAUGGUGUUUCUGGGAAGAAAGGGGUGAAAGGAGAGCAAGGAUUCAUGGGAUUUCCUGGUGUGACUGGUGCGAAGGGAGAACGAGGACCAGCUGGUCCCAAAGGGAGCACUGGACCUCCAGGUUUUCGUGGGGUCCCAGGCAACCAGGGUCCUCCUCCAAUUCCCAUCAAAAUUCUAGGAGAGAGGGGCCCUUCAGGACCACGGGGUAUCCAAGGACCACAGGGGAUUAGAGGGGGAAUAGGGCCACAUGGGCCUCCUGGGGAUGGAGGUUUCAUGGGACCCGCCGGACAGAAGGGCAUGCCUGGCAUUUCUGGUAGACCAGGGGUGCCUGGAUUCCGUGGUAGUGAUGGACCAAGGGGCCAUCCUGGUCUGCAAGGCAGGGAAGGCCUCCGUGGUAACACUGGUGUCCCUGGGUUGCCUGGUAUGCCGGGCCGCAGCGUCAGCGUGGGUUACCUACUGGUGAAACACAGUCAGACGGAGCAGACGCCCAUGUGUCCUGUGGGCAUGUCUAAACUAUGGGACGGGUACAGUCUUCUGUACCUUGAGGGCCAGGAAAAGGCACACAACCAGGAUCUGGGUCUGGCCGGCUCCUGCCUCCCACGGUUCAGCACCAUGCCCUUCCUGUACUGUAACCCUGGAGACCUUUGUUACUAUGCCAGUAGGAAUGAUAAGUCCUACUGGUUGUCGACGACCGCUCCUCUUCCUAUGAUGCCCGUAGAAGAGGGAGAAAUCAAACCGUACAUCAGCCGCUGCUCAGUGUGCGAGGCUCCAUCAGUUGCCAUCGCAAUCCACAGCCAGGACAUCACCAUCCCACAGUGUCCCGUGGGCUGGCGCAGCCUGUGGAUCGGCUACUCCUUCCUCAUGCACACAGCAGCAGGAAAUGAAGGCGGAGGUCAGUCCCUGUCGUCGCCCGGCUCCUGCCUGGAGGACUUCCGCACAACACCGUUCAUUGAGUGUAACGGGGCCAAAGGCACAUGCCACUACUUUGCAAACAAGCACAGCUUCUGGCUAACCUCCAUAGAUCAGUCGUUCCACACUGAGCCCUCAUCAGAGACGCUCAAAGCGGGCCAGCUCCUGUCACGCAUCAGCCGCUGCCAGGUCUGCAUGAAGAACUUGUGAAAGACUGAAGUGAAGCUGACACAAAACUGACAGUGGUCUAGUGUCGCGUCUCUGUCCAUGUAGUAAACCAAACAAGGGGGAUCUGAAUACCGAUUAACCCCCCCCCCCCACGAGCCACAGAGCUCAGAUAUGGAAUAUACAAUGACUGUGUGAUGCCUUGAGCUUUCAAUGAAAUGUCCCACUGUACAUAAAACAGGAGAAGCCCCGUUAUAAAGCCAACAGCAUUAUGGGGAAACAGGUAUUUUUUGUGUCAAAUGUGGAUUGGUGCUUAUUGUUUAACUUAUUACCUCAGCUACUACGACACAUCUUUAACCGUACAGCUGAACCAAAGAUGCCUGUGUGUAUGCACUGCUUCAGUUUAUCUAGAUGUUUUUUUGUAUUGUUUCAGGUGUACAGACCCACCGUAAAGUAGAGCUGCAAGGAUUGGUUGACUAAUCUAUGAGUCAAUUAACAGAAAAACAAGUAUUGAUAAUCGAUUGUUGAGAUCAUUUUUUCUCUCAAAUAUUUACAUUUUAUGCUUUUGUCUAAUUCAUAUCAUACUGAAUCCAAUACAUAUUUGGAUAUCCAACUGACAAAACAGUACAUUUAAAGCCAUCACAGACUUACUGAAGAGAUGUUUAAGGCCUAAAGUCAGAAUUCUGAGGAAAAAAACUUUUUUUUUACAGUGUCCUGAUCCUCUUCUGUAGGUACUUCAUUGUUUUCUGACAUUUUAUAGACCAAAUGAUUCAUCAAUAAUGAAAAUAAUCUUUGGUUGCAGCUCUACCAUAAAGCCACUAACACCGCUUCUCAGCUCACUGACCAUGUGUCACCAGAGGUCCUGAACAUGUAGUGGUGGCUACUCCUAAAGUAUUAUCCUGCUUUUUUUACCCAUUGCUCUUACAAAAGCUACUAUUUUUAUAAUUUGAGACUUCUCCAGCUGUUAAUCUAUUUUAUGCAUUUAUCAACUAUUGCAAAAUUCUGUAAUUCUUUAUUUUUCAUACUCCAUAUGUUCACGCAAUGCACUGAUUCUCUUUUGUAUUUAUAUCAGCUGAAUGAACUUGAUCCCCAAGAGUUGAAAUAUGUAUAUCUUAUCUAACACUACUCAUGUCACAAAUCUACUAAUUAUUGAACUGCCCCGAGCAGCAAAGAGGACAGAAUGUAAACAGCUUGGAUCAAAGGUCUCACUGUAUCAAAUCCUCGCUGUGCUCACUGGUUAGAUUAGAGUUUUUUUUACACAGAAAGUAGGUCAGAUGUUCCGCUUCACCUUGAAACACUUGUUUGGAAGUACAUAGUUUAGUUAGACUGCAAAGAUACUGGCAACAUGUGUUUUAACUGUAAUAUAAUUAUGGUAACUCCCAUAACAUGAUCAUUUCAUUGGAUUGUAAAGAUUAAAUGUUGUUUGUUAUA